AUGGACAAGCCACGUCAUUUACCUGAGGAUGCCUUUCCUUUGGCUACCUCCUGGAUCCUGGAUCAGCUCGUCUAUUUCGAAUUUCCGGUGCUCCAACCCAUCAGAAUCUCAAACGCCACUUCGGCCCAGUCGUCCUUUGACGAGCCCAUCAUUCGUGAUGGCUCGCCAAUUGAUUUUGAUGUGAGCUCGGCUACUGCCUCGAACUCCGUCAUUAUUGUGAAAUCGGAGCAGGUCACUGCGCUAAGCACUGAACAGUCUAUCGGCCUUUUCCAACGCGAUGAGAAUGUCGCUGCUACCAAGGCCACCCCACCAACUGCCAAUCCCUCCGUUGGGUGGCUGAGAUGGGCCAUCGACCGCUCCGGCGUCUUUGAGAGCCAGGAGGAGGAGGUUUCUGCCGUUCAGUAUGCGACAUUCCGCCAUGCUCUCUACAAGGACGUCAAUGAGAAUUCGUUCUACCAGUGGGGUUUGCGGUAUCUCCCAACUCCUGGCGAGGGUAACGUCUUCCGAACCGUGGUAAUUGACAAGCUCCCAAAGACCGCCACUCUCGACCGAGUCUUGCCUCAAAUCCGCGGCGGCGCGGUCUUCUCGGCCUCGCUGGCGGAUACCUGGACUAUCACUGGCUCCCUGACCGCACUAAUCACCUUUGUUCAUCAGAAUGGGGCGAUGAAUUUCUUGCGUCUUGUUGGGCGGGACGGCUUUUUCGUCGGCAUGAGUUGCGCGCGUGUGCGUCCGGUCCCGACCCCAACGUAUGUAAUGGCUGCGGACAUUGAGACUCAGAUUGCUCGGUUUGGUCGCACUCGCUGCCUGGUGGUUUCCUCACGUCGCCUCAAGGAAUUGAAGAAGGAAGUCCAUCGAGUGUUGAGCAAGUCCCGCCUCCGACACUACGUGGAGUGUUUCGGCGAACGGGACACCGCGGGCGAAGUCACCAUUCGGUUUCACUCAGUCAAGAUGGCCUGGGCAGCCUGCUUACCUCUGGUAAAUGACGCAAGGUUGAAGGGCAUACUUGUGAAGCCAGCCGCUGACCCAUGCUCGCUGCUGUGA